UAAUCGAGAUUGUUAAAAAUGUUUUAUUUUGGGUAAGCGAUUUAACUUAAUAUACUUCUCUAGGUACGAGAAAGAUCUGCGAGAUCAGUACCAAUGAGCUCCAGUGGAGCACCUCGACAUUCCAAAACAUCAUUAUCAGGAGGCACCCCAGAAUCACUAUCAGAUACAGAAGGACCCUCCACAAAAACACCAAGGAAAUUUUCGUACAGAUCUCCCUAUGCCUAUACUCCCAGUGGUUCAAGACCAAGUUCUCGUCCAAGUUCCAGAUCUGGUAGCAGACCAGGAAGUAAACCGCCUUCCAGGCAUGGUUCAAACUUGUCCUUGGAUAGCACCGACGAUAUCACACCUUCUCGAAUACCCACAAGAAGAACGCCCUUAAGCGGACGUACAUCUUCAACUGCGAAAAAAUUAGAACCAAAUGGAGGGUUACCUCGACCAAGAACACCAACGGGGCUUACUUCUGUUACAUCAACAAGGUCUCGAAUACCGGUUUAUGUAGGGUCAGCUGAUACUGAUUCAGAGCCACCUUCUACUUCAAGCUCAUGUUCUAUCUCUUUGUCUACUGGGCUGUCCAAGUCCCGAUCCGCUGCAGUGACUAACGCUCCCACAUUAAGGACGCCAUCUAGGACUCGAACGCCAUCUGGAUCGAAUACACCAGUUUCUUCAGGUUCUACAACUGCAACAUCAAAACUGCUUAAAAAACCCACCGGAACUUCAGAAACAUCUAAGAAUACGUCCAGAAAGUCUUCUAUAACGAAAGAACCGUUCCGGCUGUAAAUUAAGGGUGCAACCUUUCCGUAAUUAUGACUGACAACAAAUUAUUUUUUUUUACCUUAUUUCAAAUGUAAGUUAAAUACAUUGUAUAAAAAUGUAGCUAAGUGAAAAAUCGUCAGUUCCAUUUAGUAACAUUUUUAUUAUAAUUUUAUUUUUUCACAUAAUUUAUUAUCAAAAUGAUGUACAUUAGGAUAAACCAUAUAAAGGACGUAAUUUUUU